UUUGAAACCGGCCCUUGGGCAGAAUCGCAGCGACGGUGAAUAUUAUAUUCAAAAUAGGUAAACUUUGUUGCUUUGGUCACAAGUCGGAAGUCAUAGCACAGGCCCAAAUCCUCUUAUCUUGUUGAAGAACACAGGAAGAGGAAGAGGAAGAGGAAGAGGAAGAAAAUGGCAACACCCAUAGCUGGGGUGGGUCUCUCUUGGCCUUCGAAGUCAUCUCGCCGACCCUUUUCGAAUCCUUCUCGAUCUUCUCGUUCUUCUGUGAAAAUGGCCGUCUCAGUUGAAGAGAAGAAGAAGAAUUUCUCUAUUCAGAAGUCAGAGGAAGCCUUCGAUGCCGCCAAGGAGCUGAUGCCUGGAGGUGUAAAUUCUCCUGUGCGUGCAUUCAAAUCCGUUGGUGGACAACCUAUUGUGAUUGAUUCCGUCAAGGGCUCCCACAUGUGGGACAUAGAUGGCAAUGAGUAUGUUGACUAUGUUGGUUCCUGGGGGCCAGCAAUAAUUGGUCAUGCAGAUGAUGAGGUACUUGCAGCUUUGGCUGAGACAAUGAAGAAAGGAACCAGCUUUGGUGCUCCUUGUUUACUAGAAAAUGUUCUAGCCGAGAUGGUAAUAUCAGCUGUUCCAAGCAUAGAAAUGGUUCGGUUUGUCAAUUCAGGCACAGAAGCAUGCAUGGGUGUCCUCCGCCUUGCCCGUGCUUUCACUAGACGGGAGAAGAUCAUCAAAUUUGAGGGUUGCUACCAUGGCCAUGCUGAUCCAUUCCUUGUUAAGGCAGGUAGUGGGGUUGCCACCCUUGGGCUUCCUGAUUCCCCUGGCGUCCCCAGAGGAGCGACUUACAAUACUCUAACUUCCCCCUUCAAUGACAUUUCAACUGUUGAAAAUCUAUUUUCUACUCACAAAGGAGAGAUUGCUGGAGUUAUCCUUGAACCUGUGGUUGGGAACUCUGGUUUCAUUCCUCCCAAACCCGAGUUCCUUAAUGCUCUCCAUAGUAUCACUAGGGAAAACGGUGCCCUUCUCAUCUUUGAUGAAGUUAUGACUGGGUUCCGUUUGUCUUAUGGUGGAGCUCAGGAGUAUUUUGGCAUGACCCCUGAUUUAACUACGCUUGGAAAGAUUAUUGGUGGAGGUCUUCCUGUUGGUGCAUAUGGAGGAAGGAGAGAGAUCAUGGAGAUGGUGGCACCUGCUGGACCAAUGUACCAGGCUGGGACCUUGAGUGGAAACCCAUUGGCAAUGACUGCUGGAAUCCAAACGCUUAAGCGGCUAAAAGAGCCAGGAACUUAUGAAUACCUGAGUAAGAUCACGAGUGAGCUUGUUCAGGGCAUAGUGGAUUCUGGGAAAAGGGCUGGGCAUGCCAUAUGCGGUGGUUAUAUAGGUGGCAUGUUUGGGUUUUUCUUCACAGAGGGUCCUGUUUACAACUUUGGGGAUGCCAAGAAGUGUGACACUGCAAAGUUUGCAAGGUUUUAUUGGGGAAUGCUGGAGGAAGGUGUUUAUUUUGCUCCUUCGCAAUUUGAGGCUGGGUUUACUAGCUUGGCACAUAGUGCAGACGAUAUCCAACACACAAUAGCAGCAGCUGAGAAAGUUUUCCGAAAGAUUUAGAACUCCAAUCUUGAGAAUGCUGGCAUUUACACCUUAUUUAGUCCCCCAUUCUCUUUUCUUCCUUAGGCAUGGUUGUCUUUUUGGUAGGUGAGUUCGUGUGGGCUGUGUUGUGGGUUUUCCUCUUGAAAUUUUGUAUGUGUAUUAUCCAAAUUUUUACAUCUCAUUGACCUAAUUUUAUUGUUUUUUCUUGUU